AUGUCGGAACCACCCGACAGCGGCGGGCAGCCACCUGCACCCAUUUCAACACCAGCAGCCGCGUCACAUGUACAGCAGACUCCAACGAUGGAACAUCCGAGCGGUGGGAAGUCGUGGAGCACGAUUCCGGGCCUUGGAUCGGCCGUGAAGCCGCUCGAGUCCACGCCUCGAAGAGUCUCACACGGUGGUCCUGCUCUCACCAGCGCCGGCGCGCCAGCAUCGCUGCGCAGAUUUCCGCCGUUGUCAAUCGACGCUCCGUCCAUGGCGGCUGUUCCACCGAACAAAAAUGUCGGCAUCGCGCCCAAGACCGCCGGCGCUGCGCCCGCAAACUGGCAAAGCUUCAUGGACAAGCGCGGCGCCACGUCCGCCGUUCCCACUGCUGUGGCAGCGUCUGCAUCGACAUCAACAACGUGGCCAGUCCAAGGUCUUGGUAGCACCCCCCGCAGCUUCAGCGGUACGCAAGGCGCCGCUGUUAGCACCAAAGCGACCGCCGUCCACUUCACACAGACCGAGGAGUAUCACAAAGCUGCUGCGCCUACAUGUGCGCCGACCGUGCCGUCAGCAGCCACUGCCCCGUUGCCGCAGACGGGGUUCCCUGCUUUGCCCGAUCGCCAAGCGUCCGCCAAGGAUGACUCGUCCUCUGGUGCAUUCACAGAGCCUAGCAGCUCCGAGAUAUCGACAGGCCUGACGGAGGACUAUCUGAAGGACCAUUCCAAGCAGGUCGAACYCACGGCUGAGACAUGGACGGAAGCCGACAACCCACGGGGACUUCGCCACGCUUUGAGGGACUGGAAAGCAGAGUGGGAAGAAUCCUAUGCAGGUGCUUUGCACGCAUUGAAUCAGCUUAACCCAGCUCAAUUUGUUAUGCCUCCAGGAACUCGAAUCGUCAACAUCAAGACUGAUCAUGCGCAAAAUAUACUUGCAUCCAUCCGCGAGAGUAAGUACGCAGCGAUUGAAAAGGUCACUGAGAGGAUCAUGGCCGUCUACAAGGCUCGCGAGAAUGCGCACGAGAAGGUACUCUUUCUGUUUUCUGUCAAUGCCAGUAAGAAGUUUUGUGGAUUGGCUGAGAUGGUCGGUGACUGGGACCCUGCCGGAUCCAUCGAAGGUUGGACAGAAAACCCGGAGGGCAACAAAGUCCAUGGCGCCAUCCCAGUGACAUGGAUCUUCGCAAAAGACGUGGCUUACAGUCACUUCAACGACAUCAGACAAAUCCACAACGGACAUCCGGUGGGAAAUAUGUGGAAUGGAAUGAACUUCCCCAGCGAGACUGGCCGCGAAGUCAUCGAACGGUAUGUUAUAACUCCCUCUACUGCAAGUGUUCUUGGUUAUCCCCGCAAUUACCCGGAGAACUUUGGAAUCAUGGGUUUUCGUCAACAAGGUGAUGGCAAUUCCGAUACACGCUCAAGCGUUAGCCAGCGGAGCCGCGGUAGCUUCACUACUCGCGGGACUCUUCGUGGCGGUCGCGGCAUGUCUCGAGGUGGUUUGGGCAUUCCGGACUGGCGUGGUCAGGGACCGGAAGCAGCUACUGCUGUCCGUGAGAAUGUAGAAGAUGAUUCCACGCCGACGGCAGCCAAUUUCGGCAGGACGGUUUCAACGAACCGCACCAUGGCCCACAAGCCGAUGACUGACCAGGAGAGCACUGCUCCGUCUUUCAGUAUGGAUGACAUCAAGAAUGCGCCGGUUGCCGACACUGCCGCACUGCUGUCUGGUGUUCCUGUGUCGUUCGUCAUGGGACAGGACGGCCGGCUGAUGGUGGUGCCGGGUACGAAGUCUUCUGCCCUACCGUCUACUUCGUCGGACCAGAAAGGCUCCGUCUUCGAUGAGCAUCCGCUCCAAAGCACUCGACUUCAACACGUUCACCCAUCAGCCAACCGCGGUGGCAUGGGCUUCAAUGGUCGUGGCGGCCCUCAAGCCGUGAUCGGCCGCCCUUCGCGUAGCAUCCAGCCCUCUCACCCUGCUGGAUCUCAUCCCAUGGGUCACGAGCAGUCUCCGCCAGUCGCCAUGCUGCAACAAGCAGCCAUCUUUGCUGCCCACCAGGAGGCACGCUCCCAAUAUCAGCCCGCGCCUUUUGAAAAUUCCUGGAAUUACCAUUCCCAGCAGAUGAAUUCUCUCGGCUUUCAUACCGGCUUUCAGGCUCAUCGCUCGUUUGGCUCCCGCGCGCGUACUACCCACGAUGCCCACAUGCGCCACGGCAGUGGAGACGGCUACGACGAGCUCCCCACGCCGACUCACCGACCGCCCCCACACGGCACGAGACUUGAGCCAGCGAAUGAGAUCCCUACGACGUACCGCUCUGUGCCGGAAUGGCAAUCCGACAAGAUUACGCACAUGGGCCCCUUGCAGCUCAAGGCCUACUUUUUCACAUUGGCAGCAGAGCAGCACAUUAUUGAGCACCAGUCGAUGCAGCCAACCGUCACAAGUCAGGGCAUGGAAACUCUGAGGGCUAGAGUGCGACGCAUUGGUGAGCUCAAGAGGGAAAUUCACGAAGAGCUGUACUUUAUCGGCCACAACCUCUUCGAACACCCACUUGACAGCCAAGACUUCAACACCUACCAGCCGGAACUCAACGUCUAUGGCCAGCAGCAGAGAAUCUCUCCCGUCCGCGAUGACAACGGACGAGUUCUCCCGUCCGCAUCAGAGACGUCGAUGUCUCCGCCCGACAUCUGGGGUACGUACCCACAGCAGCGUCCUACACAGUUGUUUGGUCUUGGUGGUGGUCAUCAGCAGCAUCAUGCUACGCAGUCAGCGGCCUCGAUGAUGGGCGGCGGUGUGCAGGUGGGUGAACGUCGUGGUCCUGCCUGA